AUGGAUCCACGUGCCCUGGCGGAUAAGACGGUCGACUUCGCGGUUGAUAUGUGGGGGCUCGCGGUGGCGAUUUGGGAACUCGUUACGCGAAGGCAAUGCUUCAUUGGAAUCUCCAUGCCGGAACUCCUCGACUUUCAUCGGCGUGGUGAAUGGAAGAUACCACCUCUCGAAGGAAACGAUUUCAUCGCCGAUUUUAUCCAGGCCUGCUCGGCAACGCCAAGGUUCCGUAGGACCUCUGCCCAACUGCUAGAGCUAAUUAACCUGGAAGCAAAGCAGGUA